CAACCCUUACAGUGACGUCGUGUUGUGGAGAUACAUUGCUUGAUGUAAAUUCUGACUAUAUUUAUUAUGCAGAUGCUCUGUGCUCUGGAGUAGCUACUAAUUAUACAACGUGGUUGGGGAACAUCUGCCUGUCACCACUUAUCAUUUAUAAACAACAUAUAAUAUGAGGACUCAGUGCACGGAGACAGAAAUAUAAUGUAACGUAAAGAAGCCACAUUCUGUGUACUUGGACGACGAGCAUGCUUGGAAUUUGGCGAAACAAAUUUUGACGUCUUCAGUAUACCAAAAGGCAGGUGCAUUUUUGCGCACGCUUGAAUUGCUUUUUUAACGCAGUUAAUUUUGCAGAAAACUGAUGUUAUUUCAGUUGUAAGCACCACAGACGGCGAAUGUGGGGCAUAUUUGACGACUAAGUGCGCAUAUCAGAUGCGGGAAUAAUCCCUGAACGACUUAUUUAAUAUGGCAUCUACAAUUGAGAGGAAGACGUUGGAAACGAACGAGGAACCAGUUGACGAGGUGCUUCAGAUGCCCCCAUCUUUGCUGACGUGUGGCGGCUGUCAGCAGAGCAUCGGGGACCGUUUCUUCCUCAAGGCUAUAGAGCAGUACUGGCACGAGGACUGCCUGAGCUGUGACCUCUGCGGCUGCCGCUUAGGGGAGGUGGGCCGCAGGCUGUACUACAAACUUGGCAGGAAGCUGUGCAGGAGAGACUACCUCAGACUGUUUGGUCAGGAUGGGCUCUGCGCUUCUUGCGAAAAGAGGAUCCGGGCCUUUGAAAUGACCAUGCGUGUCCGAGACAAAGUGUACCACCUGGAAUGCUUCAAAUGUGCUGCCUGUCAGAAACACUUCUGUGUAGGAGAUCGCUACCUGCUCAUCAAUUCGGACAUUGUGUGUGAGCAGGACAUUUUCGAGUGGACCAAACUUAAUGGAAGCAUGGUGUAGUUUUCUCCUAAAUCAUAAACAAUCUUUUAGCAUCUGCAACAAACCAUUUAUUCAAUCUAUUCAUAUUUUUACUCAAAACAAUGGGGAGGGGGGAUAUCUCUCUGGCUUAAGGAGCAACCACCAUGAACAUUUUAUGAAUUAUAUAUUUUUCUUCUUAUUUUUUGGUCUAAAUUAUUUUUAAUCUAACAUGGAAAAACAUUGCCACCAGCAACCACCAUGAAUAUUUUAUGAAUUAUAUAAUACUUCUUAUUUGUUUACUUUUUAAAUCUGGGGGUGGGGUGGGGU